UGGCUCAAUUUGUUUGGAGGAGAGAGCAGAGCCAAAACAAAAGGGACUGCCUCAUCACUUCGUGUCUCGUUCUCUCCCUCUCUCCAUAGGACUGGUCAGAGAAUUUUUAUAGGAAGAAACAGAGCGAAGAACGAAAAAUCCACAGCAGACGCAGAAAGCGAAUCGUCCAAGGAAUCAAAUAAAAGCUCAAUAUCUAUUACACUCUUAUUCACAUCUAUUACAUAUAUAAAUAUAGAAACCCUCCCUCCCUGUGUGCGCGUGCGAGUCUGGCUUUUGAUUCUUUCUUCUUAUUCUCCUACCCUAGAUCUUGAUAAACCAUUGGCGUAUAGCUUCCGAUUCCCGAUCUUUUUAUUGUCGCUCCUGAUUGGCGUGGUUUUCGGGUCUUUCUCAGUUCGAUUCAGCUCUAUAUCUUUCCAGAUUCUUCAAUACCAAUACGUCCAGGAUUCACUAAUAGGUUAUUAAAUACUAAUUCCAUAAGGAAAGAAUGUUGUGGUGAAGGGGGAAUGAAGGACAAGAUUUUGGAUAUGAAGUUGUGAUGCAUUUAAUCUAGAUGAAGACAGGUCAGGCGUGGCGUGUAGGCAUGGGUGAUAUGCAGAUCUUGCCUGGGCCUCGCCAUCGUCCUCCCAUGAAGAGGCCUACAUGGAUUAUUGUCUUGGUUUCAUUGGUCACGGUAUUUCUAAUUUGUGCUUAUAUGUAUCCGCCUCAAAGCAGUGCCGCAUGUUACGUAUUUUCUUCUAGAGGCUGUGAGGCUAUUUCAAAUUGGCUUCCACCUGCUCCUGCACGGGAAUUAACCGAUGAAGAACUUGCAUCUCGUGCUGUGAUUAGAGAUAUUCUGAAUACACCUCCCACCAAAUCUGAAAAAUCUAAAAUUGCCUUCAUGUUCUUGACUCCGGGUUCAUUGCCUUUUGAGAAGCUGUGGGAGAAGUUUUUCCAUGGUCAUGAAGGCAAAUUCUCUGUUUAUGUGCACGCAUCUAAGGAAAAAACAGUACAUUUGAGCCGUUAUUUUGUUAAUCGAGACAUUCACAGUGAUCAGGUCAUAUGGGGAAAAAUUUCGAUGGUUGAUGCAGAGAGACGAUUAUUGGCACAUGCUCUCAAAGAUCCUGCUAACCAGCAUUUCGUUUUACUUUCUGAUAGUUGUGUACCGUUGCACAAUUUUGACUAUAUCUACAACUAUCUGAUGCAUACAAAUAUCAGCUUUGUUGACUGCUUUCAGGAUCCUGGUCCACAUGGAAACGGCCGGUAUUCAGAACACAUGUUGCCUGAAAUUGAGAAGAAAGACUUUAGAAAGGGUGCUCAGUGGUUCUCAAUGAAGAGGCAGCAUGCUGUGAUAGUUAUGGCUGAUACUCUAUACUACUCCAAAUUUCGUGAUUACUGCAAGGCAUCUGUAACAAAGUGUUAUUUCAUCUCCAUUCUCCAUCUAAUAUUGAAGCCAGGUUUGGAGGGGCGUAAUUGCAUUGCUGAUGAACAUUACCUGCCAACAUUUUUCCAUAUUGCCGAUCCUGGUGGAAUUGCCAAUUGGUCAAUCACACAUGUUGAUUGGUCUGAGAGAAAGUGGCACCCAAAAUCAUACAAGGCUCGUGAUAUUACCAAACAGCUUGUGAAGAAUAUUACGUCAAUUGAUGUAAGCGUUCAUGUUACCAGCGAUGAGAAGAAGGAAGUGCAAAUGUGGCCUUGCCUAUGGAACGGUGAACAACGGCCGUGUUACUUAUUUGCCAGGAAAUUUUACCCAGAAGCUCUGGAUAACUUGUUGAUGCUUUUCUCCAAUUAUACAACAAUUUGAGCAAGAUAUUUUUUACUCCUUUAAUUCUUUGGUCGAAUCAGUUGUUGCUUUCGACCCUUUGCUCAAUCUAUGGUUCCCUCGUAGCUUUUGAAGUUGUAAAUUGCCACAUUAUUAGGUUUGAAUGAUCGGAAGCACAAUUCUCGAGUGCGAGGGCAACUGGCAUAGCAAAUUAGGGUGACCUGAGUUGGCAGGAGGCUAACAGAUUGUUAGUGUCACUUCCUUGGGGAUGGGUGUAUUGUUUAUUUUUUUUUCCCCUGUAAUUCCGGCUCUACAAAUGUUGAUCUACUUGUGCUGCAGAAAAUUUUGGGGGAAUUAUUUCUGUGCAAUUAUGGUUAAUCUUUGUACAAGGUGAUGACAAGGUGAAGUUCUGAAUACGAGACAUAACUAGAGCCUUGAAAUCAUACCGAGUUGAAAGAGAGAGAAGAAGGUUGUGUGAGUAGAAAUUCUAGAAUAAUAUUUGUACCAAUCAAGAUGUGCUGCACCUGUAGGUAGACAAUCUCAGUAUAUGGUAUGAACUAACACCAGUGUUGAUUUGAUAUUUGAACGCGUUAAACAUCUCCAGUCUUUCUUCA